AAUGAAGAAGAAUACUUGACACAUCAAAACAAGGCGAUUUCCUACCAUCAACACCUUGCAGAGAUUUAUUUGAUCUCAUACCAAAUCCUCGAGAAAUGCGUCUUUCCUUUGUCCUCGCCGCUGUUGUUGCUUUGACAGCAUCAAUGUCUGCCAAUGGCUGUCAUACUUUUUGCAAACAUACUAGGGACUGCAGAGGGUGCGGCCCAGAUUCAGAGUGUGUGAGUGGUCUGUAUCCUGGAUCUAUCCACAUGACUUACCGGCGUGGUAGAUCUUUUAUAUAUGCAGCGACUGAUAAAUUGGGAUUAAAUAAAUCCACUAUCUACAAAACGAUAGGCCAGAAUUUCACAAAUACACUUAGCCGCUUGUGUUGAACGGUUGUUGUUGGAGUGAGACCAAACAGAAGCGCUCACGCUAACUACCUUUGUAGGUCAUAUCACAACUCAUCAGUAAAUCACUUGGUUCUGUACAGUGUGCCAGCCUGACAGCUUGGUCCCUAUUGGCUAGCUCACCACAGUAC